GCGAUCUUGUUGUUACACGUGCCGGCGUUUUCGUUGAGUAUAAGAGUUCACAUUAGGGACCGUCAGGAAAUAAGGGUUUAUUGCUUGGAUUUCGCACUCGCUUUGAUCUCCAGUUAUUCUCCUCGAAUACUUGUUUUUCUACUGGAUUAUUGGUUAGGAUCUCUUCCAGCGCCAUGUCCGGGGGCGGGGAUGCUGGGAAGCACCUUAUGAACCCUGCGGACCAGAUUUCCCAGCCGCUGAAGCGUAAUCUGCAGCCCUUGUCAGCCCUACAGCCGUUCGGUUUUCCAGAUGAGUACCAUUGGCUUUCGCCUGCGAGAAAUAAACUGGCAGUCGCUGAGGUAGCGGCGGAGACUAUCGGCAUUACGACUCCGUCAAAGCGAAAAGCUGACAGUGAAGAUGUUGAUGCUGAUGAAUCAAAUCAAUUUUUGGCAAAUCCCCCUGAAUGCACUCCGGUAGCAAGCUGUUCUCUUCUCACACCAGUAUUACGGAUUGAGGGAAGGGAUAAGGGUAAAGCCAAAGUUCUCAAGUACUAUAAAUCAGAACCUUGGACACCUUUGUCAAAUGCAGAUCUACACCCUUUUGUAGAUCCUUCUUCUAGCAAUCUUCUAACUCCAGCUUCUACUUGCCGAUUUGACAGCUCAUUAGGGCUGUUGACCAGGAAAGUCCUCAAUUUGCUUAAAAGUGCUCAUGAUGGCGUUCUUGACCUUAACAAAGCUGCUGAUACUUUGAAGGUGCCAAAGAGGCGUCUUUAUGACAUCACAAAUGUUUUAGAGGGAGUUGGACUGAUAGAGAAGAAACACAGAAACACAAUCCGCUGGAAGGGACUUGAAUUGAGACCUGGUGAAGAUGACGAAGUUUCAGAAUUACAGGCUGAGGUUGAGAGCCUUGCGUUGCAAGAGUCUAAUCUGGAUGUUCGUAUUAAUGAAAUGAAAGAACGGAUAAGGGAACUAAAUGAAGAUGAAAAUAGCUCGAAAUGGCUUUAUGUGACUCAAGAGGAUGUCAAUAACCUGCCAUGCUUUCAGAAUCAAACACUUAUGGCUAUAAAAGCACCGCAAGGCACUUCUAUGGAAGUCCCAGAUCCUGAAGAGGCUGUUGACUAUACCCAGAGGAGAUAUAGAAUGGUACUUAGAAGCACCAUGGGUCCAAUCGAUGUUUACUUAAUCAGUCAAUUUGAGGAAAAUGUUGAGGAGAUGAAUGGCAUUGAGACAUCACCAAAUCUCCCUUCUGCAUCAAAAUCUGGCUGCAAUGAGCAUUCAGAUGCUCCAGCAUUGACUGACCAAAGCACAGAAAGGGAAUUGAAGCUUAUGGUCGAUGGCUUCGAGAGAAUUAACGCAGAUUCAAAUGCUCCACAGGAUUACAUGGAUGGAAUGAUGAAGGUUGUUUCUCCUUAUGCAGAUACUUAUUCAGACUACUGGUUAGCUUCGGAUACAGUGUUCAGCAUGACAGAUCUGUGGAAUACACCAUCUGACCAAUGGGAUGGAAAUCCUGAUGAUUUUUUGAAUUUUGAGUCCGAUACGCCAUCAAAUGCCGCUGAUUCACCCAACUCAAACACAAUACCCAAAGAUGAGUUCUAGCCACCGAAGAAUUACAGUCUAAAUUUCGAAUCCUCCGUGUCAAUAAAAACUACAAAUACUAUGAUCCCAUACUUAGAAGCGGUUAGCUAUAAUGAGCUCCUACAAUGCAGGAAGUGCGGACCAUCAAAAUAGCCCAGUAGUGUCAUGUACAGCCGAUGAACUCUUACCAUUUUUUUCCCAGUAAAGUUCUAAAAAGGUUUCAACUUUCAGCCAUUCAUCUCUCCCCAACUAUUUUCUAAUAUUCAAAUCCCCUAUAGUUCAAUAAAGCCCUUACAC